CCAUUUAUAAGGGCAACGAUUGUGAGAAAUUAAGAGUUACACAUCGGGCUUCACGCGUGCUGGGAUUUCAAAGUUUACCAUGACGAGCUAUUCGACUGGAAGUGUUUUCUUUAUUAUUACUGUUCUGCAGAGUGCCGUCGGGCUACAACCCAAAGAGGUUUGCCUGUUGCAAGUUGAUGAAGGACCGUGCGAUGAUGACAUCAAGCGUUAUUACUACAAUACAAUCACCCAAGAGUGUGAAGAGUUCAGUUAUAGCGGGUGUGGAGGGAAUUUAAACAGGUUUAAAUCCAUGGUGGAAUGCAGGAAAACAUGCUACAGGAUUCCAAAAAUUCCCAAAAAUUGUCGUUUUCAGAAGGAUGUGGGGCCCUGUCGUGCCUCAUUUAAGAACUACUACUUCAAUAUGACCUCCAUGCGGUGUGAACAAUUCAUCUAUGGUGGUUGCCAGGGCAAUGCAAACAACUUUGAAAACAAUCAGAGAUGUAUGCAAUUUUGCAGUCCUAAAAACAAGGUCCCUAUCAUUUGCCAAGACUUUUUGGACCCAGGGAAGUGCUCAGGUUCAACACCAAGGUAUUACUACAACUCUGCUACACAAACAUGCCAGGAGUUCAUGUACACGGGAUGUGGAGGAGGCAGCAAUAACUUUCCGUCAAAACAAGUCUGCAUGUCUGUCUGCAAUAACACUGGAGGUAAACAUUGGGAAAAGCCAAUGAGAAGCGUUUCUAAACAGUACAAGCGUACAAUGGCUCAGCCACGAAUGGCGCAAUGGGCCUAAUACUUGUUCAUGAAUUCACGUGCCGCCUUUUUCACAAAGAUGCUUGCACUAAUUUUACAGUAUACUGUAGAAGUUAAAGUCUAUGAAUGUCUCCUCUCAACAAAAUAGGAAUCUGUUUCCAUUAUAAUGCAGUAUUUGAUUUUUUGUUGUUGCAUAUGUUAUAUCACUAUGUGUACACAUGAUAUUACAUUUUCUUAAAUGGAUAACAAUUUGUUUCAUAUUUUGAUGGAUCUUGCACGUGCAUUUUUUAUUUUUUUUUUGCUUUAUUAAAAUAGAUAAUUUUUUCUUACACUGUUUUUUUUAAGUUACUGACAUUACAUGUUUUACUCUUAACAUGACAAGGACAAGAAGGAAAAAAUGCACGUUUUAUCAGGAUGAAAUUUUUUCAUUUAAUAAAAAACUAUAUUUUUAAAAACAGUUAGUUUGAACACAGUUCAUAUUAAUGAACAUAACUUGAUCUACAUAAAUGCACCUUUGAAUAAGCUAGAAUAAACAAGUAUUUGGAAGAGUUUUAGUUUGCAUCAAUCAAUUUCUAUUCUUUUUGUUUUAUUAAGGAUCACUUCCAAUUCAUGUUUUUCUUUUUUUUCAUCUUGAGUCAGAAUGAUAUCUCUAUUUACAAUUUGAUCUUGUACAAGCAAACACACCAUCAAAGACACAUCAAUAGUAACUAACAUCGCCAUCUGUGCAUUCAUUCUAUGGUUGCCAAA